AUGGCAUCCCUUUACUCGCAAAUGGGUUUCGACGGACACGUCUUCAACAGAGGGGUCUUCCCGAAGGGAGAGUUCGUUUGGGGCGGAAGUCCUGAUUUGGGAGCCAAUGCCGAUAUAUUCACCACAAUUCUGCACAACCAUUACAGCGCACCCGACGGUUUCGACUUUGAAGACGGCAACGACAUCAACAGCGAAAACAAGCGCCAAAAGGCCGACACAAUCGUCUCAUUAGCCAAACAGUGGAGCAAAGACUUCGGUGACACGAAUCAAGUGCUCAUGACUUUCGGCGACGACUUUAAGUACAAUAACGCGGAACACUAUUUCGCUAACUUAGACAAACUG